UGGCGACGCGUCAUAAAUCAUUCCGCCCCGCGUGUACCAGCCUGACAGCUUCGAUUGUUUAACAAUCUGUAGCCCCGAGUUCCGACAGAGGAGCCGCCUCAUGAAACGAGUGAGCCGGCUACAAUGUCGUGAGCCGGGUUGUAACAUUUGCCGAUUUCUACAGAUCGGCCGCCUGCCUGCCAUUUGGCACACGACGUACACACACACACACACACACAUAUGCACACGGUGAGCAUUGCUGCCGAACGGUUGGGGAGGGUUUAUCAUCAAUCACCGAUCAGAUGUUUUGCUGUCGCGAGGAAGCUCAAUGUCAGUACCACCGUGUCUGUUUGGGGCUCGGUGGUUAAGAUGUGUUGAGCUACAAGGUACACUUCUACAGUGUGUUCCCAUUCUAUGGGUUCUGGGCCAUGGGUGCUAACCUAAUCAAUUUCAGCCCGGUACACGCGGCCGCUUGUUGUCGGUACUUGCGGCAGUUUUCAUUCAGAUGAUUCAGUUUCAUUCACACAGGUGCCUAAAAAUACCUGGACCACCCUGGAGGGAGGUGGUAUAAACUCGAAAAAGUUUUUGGGGGAUGUAGUGGGAACUCUCUCUCUCUCUGCAAUCCACCGAGCUGAAACGGCACGGUGGGAAGCACACCUACGCUCCAAAUUGGUACAUCGUGCACCAUUGUGGAAUGUGAGAGCCUCCCGGGUGUGAGAUAAGGUGACGAAUGUAAAACCUAGCGCAAAGGCAGAGGCGCCAGCGAACACUCUCGCUCGGUUAUCUCGACAAUGACGCUUCGACUGAGACAUCCAAUUGCGUUCUGGCGCGUCGCGAGAUUGAGAAGCCCGACCCGACCCCCCGAAAAAUUCAAAACCUUCAAUAUCCUCAUCGGACUGAGACAUUCGGGCUGAGACUUUGUCGCUACUUAGCGACUCCGCGGCUGUGCCGUGGCUGGGUAGUGUCUCCGUUCUCUUAUCUGCCCGAGUGCAGCGCAUCGAGUGUACACUAUCGUGCCAUCACCGUCCAGCGCAUUGGAAAAGUAUUUCUUUACGUCAUGAUCUGAUGGCUGAGGGAGGGGAAAUGUGGGAAGCGGUCGAGCGGAAUCGCAACGAGGAGAACCGACGGAACGGGAAAACCUCGCGCCACUGCAAAACAGUCAUCCUGCCCGACCGUCUGCUGGAGGCCGUCGACAAGCGGGUAAAGUUCUACGCCAAACAUGGACCGAAUAAGAAUCGCCUGCUGCCGCUCCACACGCAGACCUGCUACGUCGUGCACGACAACAUCGAGAUCACGAACCCGGGCGACAGCUCGGUCUACAGCAUCCUGACGGACGCACCGAUCUACAAGCUCGAGAUCGAGGACGCGGUCGAGGACAAGCUGAAGCAGAGCGGUGUCGAUGCCGGUGCGGUGCGGAAGCGGCGCACCCACUGCCACCACGGCUACAUCAAGCUGAAGAGCGUCGAGUACAUCAAGCCGAACAAUCCGGCGCCCGCCCUGGACCGCAUCCUGGCGUUCGGUGCCGAGCCGGGGCCGAGCGGGCUCGGCCCGAAGCUGCCGAACGGGAUGGCGAAGGUGAACAGUCUCAGCGAAAGUGAUACUCUCGAGGAUGAGGAUGACGAUGAGGAGGAGGAGGAGGAAGAUGACGCAGAGGAGGAUGACGAAACGGGUGGUGGGCGGGGGGCGAACCGGUUCGCCAAGCUCAAGUACCGGGACAGCAUCAUGGUGAAGGCGAGCAACGGUGUGUAUGGGAAGCGGCCCCAGUCGCAGCUGCUGCUCGCGAACGCCGGCGUACCGUCGACCUCGACCAGCUCCACGUCACCACCGAGCAGCGAGUACGACUACGCGUACAUUACCGCGAUCAACACGCACCAGCCGCUGAGCGUGAUGCGGUCGGCCGGGGGAGACGAGGCGCCCGUCAGCACGACCGUCCUGCCGGACUACUGCAUCACGACGAUCUGCUGCCCGAUCGAGGUGCCCGAGGGCUACUACAGCGACGACGAGUCGGAGGGCACCGACCACAAGCUGAGCAUGUACCGGGGGCAGGGCGGCGGUGGUCCCAGUGGCAGUGGGAAGCUGCGGCACCAGCAGCACCACAGCAACGCGGAGUACACGACCGAGCGGAGACAGUACCUCAACUCGAAGGGCUUCCUGGCGUACUUCGUCAACCUGUUCCAGGACACGCUCGCGGCCGAGCUCGACAUCUCGGCGGAGGAUCUGCGCAGCGCCACCUGGAAGGGGGCGGUAGUGUACAGCGGGCAGUGGGAGAUCGUCCCGGCCAUCCUGUCGCCGUGGCCGCGGGAAGCGAUCGAGUGGGUGCACCGGAAGCGGGACGUGAAGAUAAACCCACUGACGCGGCAGAAGUUCCAGUGGCCGACGCAGCCGAUGAUCCAGAAGGUGAAGUCGUUCGGGUGCCACGUCAUCCCGAGCGGGUACGCGCCGAAGCAGGGCCAGAACCGGCACCGGCAGCUCGAGUGGAAGAUCGUGUUCCCCGAGGCGGAGCGGUACCUGGAGAGCUGCCUCACGGGGACGCAGAUCAAGAUCUACAUGAUCACGGUGCUGCUGCUGAAGACGUUCGUGGAGCCGACGCUAACGCCCGGGCUGAGCAUGUUCGGGCUGGAGCAUCUGCGGGCGCACCUGUUCUGGCAGUGCGAAACGAACUACGCGGCCUGGCCGGAAGACUACCUCGGCGAGGCGCUGCUGCGCUUCCUCAACGCACUGCUCGACCGGAUCAAGACGCACACGCUGCCCGACUACUUUCUCCCUGCCCGCAACCUGUUCGAGAACGUGCCGGAGCGGGUGCUGGUCGAGCUGCACAAGCGCAUCUUCCGCAUCACGGAGAACCCGGUCAUGCAUCUGCUGAUAGCGCUGCGCAACCUGAAGCUGCCGAGCGCCCGGCUCGCCUUCUACCCGAAGGUGCGGAUCAAGCGGCUGUACUCCUUCCUGGUGAUCGACAACCCGCUCAAGAUCGUGAACCCGAUGCUGCGCGACGAGGACGAAAACCUGGCGGCGGAGGACUCGGACGAGAACGAGGCGAACGAGCGGGAGAUUGCGGUCGGCUCGAUGGCGUACUACCACCAGCAGGAGGUGGAGUCGCGCCGCAAGCGCACCCGCAUCGUGCGCUUUCUCGUCGCGGAGCAGCUGAAGAAGGAGCGGGCGGUCCAGCCCGAGCGGCGCCAGUCGGUGGAGUCGAUCGAUCUGACGUUUGUGUUCAACUUUCAGUUCCUUCCGCUCAAGCACAUGGAGAACCUGCGGCGUCAGCUCAUCUACGGGCUGUUCGUGGAGCACUUCAUCGAGAUGGCGCGGGUGUCGGGCGGAUUUCGGGCGCUCAACCAGGCGCUCAUCUACCUGCGGCAGGCCGAGCGGCUGUGCAACCUGCUGGCGGACGACGAGGGCAUUGAGGAGGCGCGCCAGUUCCUCACGCAAAUCUACGGCCUGCGGCAGGAGCUGGCCCGGGCCAGUGCGAAGGGGGCGGACCGGCCCGCCCUGCCGAAGCGCACCAGCACGACCGAGCGGCAGCAGCAGCAGCAACAGCGCCGGAAGGUGUCAGUCGCCCGGCAGAACAGCAAACGGACCACCUACACGAACGUCCGGCCACAAACUUCGUCCGGUGGUGCGAAGCGUCAGCAGCAGCCGCAGCGCUUCUUCUCGCCCGACGAUGAAGACGAGGAGGAGGAGGAGGAGGAGGAUGAAUGGGAAGAUGUGGAGCAGCGGCGCCCGUCCCGCCGGCUGUCGGCGCAGCCUGCGGGCGGGCUGCGCAGCCGCCGGCCGUCCCAGAAGCACCAGCACCAGCAGCAGGUCAGCGUACAGAUACACGCACCAAAGUCACCGGGGGCGGGACCGAGGCGGUCGGCCGCCGGUCCGCCCCGUUCGUCCGACGAGAUCGACGACAUCUCGCGGCUGCUCGGGAACGUUACGGUCACACCGAGACAGGGUUACCGAUAGCUAUCGGCGUGAAUGUGCAGUAAGUGGAAGAGAAGGAGAGAGAGAUGAAAACAGAGGCGUUAGGAACACUCCACGAAGCGGUAGGAAAACCCUUUUUCUGUGAUAAAUGGUACCGGGUUACCAUGGUGACAAAGCGGGACAGCUGCCGCGCGGGUUCGGCUGCUGUCGGGCCGAAGUGUUGUUGUACUAAAAGUAACUGCUUGUACUAAUAAACAAACAAAAAUCUUACCACAAAA